UCUGGACCCCCUCCAUUAUGAUUACAUCUCUGGAGAGCAGCACCUGACCGGACGUGGCGUUCAACACCUUCUCCGUACAUCUCGCCCAUGCCCGAGGAUAAGACAUCUUCAUCGGCGUGGAGCGGAUGAGAGAUCCUUAUUAUAUCCACAGCAACUAUCUCUUAUUAUUAUCCAGCUGGACUAUUGCCUGCUGUAUCUUACCAACCAGUCACCGGAGAUUUUCUCGGUACCGAUAAAGGAUUACUCUCUCUCUCUCUCCCAUCUCACUCAUCCUUCUUCUACUCCUCCGUCUAUCAACAGAGCUAGCUAGCAGGCAGAUCACUUUAGCUUGACUUAAGAAGUCUUCACAGGGGCUAAUCUCCGACCCUUUUGUUCUCCAUUUACACGGAGUAUUUUAUCUUAUUUACUCGAACCGCCGUGGGCUUCUAAUACUUGUCACCUCCCUACGCGCCAUUCGGAUUCCUACCGCCUCUAGGGGCUCUGUUUGCUGUUUUCCCCUACCGUAUACACUACUGCUUUCGUAUAUAUUCUUCGACUAUCAUCGAUCUCUCUACGUGAUAUUGGGACCUUUGCAUUCUCCGUCUUUCAAAUGGGCAGAAUGGCUGGACCGGGUGGCGGGCCUCCGCGCAAGAGCCACACUAAGUCAAGGAACGGGUGCAAGACGUGCAAAAGAAGGCAUAUUCGAUGUGAUGAAAGCUUUCCCCAAUGUCGAAAUUGCACUAAACACAACUGCCGCUGUGACUACAUGGACGUUGCUGCUGCGCAGGAAGAAUCGAUGAAAACACGAAGGGUUCCUGAUCUUCUUAUGACUCCGGAAAUCGAAAUCGAAAUCAACAAUUGGCAUGCGACUGGUGUGUCACCUUUUCCGGAGCUCGUGCACUGUCCCCGAAGUAGCUGGUAUGGAUUAUCUCGGUCAGAUCUUCGACUGGUUCACCACAUUAUCGGGCUUUCAUUUGAUCUAUAUCGCCGUGGAUUCAGCAACUGUACGCCAUGGGCGCAGAGACUGCCGAAUUUCCUAACCUUCGCCCUUUCAAAUGAUUUCGUUUUGCACUCUAUCCUGGCGCUGUCCGCGUUUCAUCUAUCCUGGACAACUGGCAACCAAGACACCAAACACUUGGCUUACCACCACCGAGGAAUUGCUAUCAAAGGCCUGCAGGGAGCAAUCGGCUCUUUCUCCAACAAGAAUUGUGAGGCUAUCCUUGCUGCCUCGAUUCUACUAUCGUGGGGAGCUACCGAGUGGCAACUUUGGGCAUCCUUACAACAGGGUCUUUCUACAGUUCUGAAUGCCAUGCAUCCAUCCUGGAAACAGGAGUCAGAUAUUGCAAGAUUUCUCGAGACCCAGCAGGUCUUGAGAAGCAUAAACUCCGCCAUCUCCAACGGAUAUCGUCGUUUCCCAGAGGGGGAUCUCGCUCAUCUUGACCAAACCAUAACGGGUCUGGAGAACGUACAAAGUCGCGUCUCUCACAAUCACGAGUACUACACUCGAAUUGAAGAGUUACUGGAGUUCCUACGACAGCUCCGUAAAGAUCUUCCGAUGCAAUCACCCGAACAAAUCUUUGGACGGAUCCAGCCGCUCAUCCAGUGGCUAUUCUGGCUGCCGCCUGCCAUCCUUCGGGGCGGAGAUACGGAUAUUAGUGGACUCGCGAUUCUUGCUCAGUUCUUCGGUGUUGGUGUGGAGUUGGAUUCUCUGUUUUCCGACAUGGGGAUUGCAUAUCUCGGGGCUCUAUCGGUUGGACCAAUCGAGGAUAUUUUCAGAAUCGUUGCUGUCAGGAAUUCCAUGGAUCCAUUCAACGCAGAAUUCCAGCUAGCGUUGAGUCUCCUAGACCUGCCCCGGCAUAUUCUUGCGCGAUAUAAAGACCGCCUCCAUUGGUCUCCGCGACCGACUAUCGACCACAGCCAUACAUCCCCGCCACCUCCAUACCGAAGCAGCCCACAUGGCUUUUCCCUCGCCGCUUCGUCUUCAUCACCUACUUCACCUCAGUACUCUGCUUACACAUCUCCAGUCCACUCUCCACCAGCCGUGCCUAUGACGACCUCCCCAUUUGAGAUGGCACCUAACUAUGUCACGGUGCCCGCCUCUCAUGCUCAUUACCCUCAUAUGCCUCAAGUGCUUUCCGAUAUCAGGGAACCACGGACUGUACUAUCACAUUUCAGCAACCCCAGUGCCUCACAUCUACCUGCAUUCACGUCUACGUAUGCGGAUGGUAUGUGGAGUAGAACUACACAACGCACUGAUGGAGCGCCGCUGGGUCUAAAUCUAGAGCUUUACAAUGGCUCUCAUCCAUUCAACGCUGGAGGGUUAGUAGCACCGGGGCUUUGCUGGAGCUGAGCCUGGAAGCUCAACCGAUUGGCAAUGCACUCUGAAACCGCUUUUUUAUUUUGAGUUCUUUUUACUAAGGGCCUGUUUAGCUGAGUCCAUCUCUUUCCGACCUGACAAUCUUCCUCCCGAAGCAAUCCUUGUUCUAUUCGGAAAUGCAGAGAUGCAGAAACCGGCAGCUCGAAGCCCUCUCAAAAAUCAUCCAACGCUAGAUACUGGCUGUGUUGAUGAUAUCACAUCCAAUUAAUAGCCAAUCUGACCAAUCCGUACGGCAGAGCCGACGCAUUUCGGUCUGAUGGACAUUCGAAACUGUCCUCUGGACUUUCUCUUCAUUUCAUUUCCUUUCUCUCAGAUGGUGGUGGGUAGGGUAUCCAUUUCUUGCAGAGUCCACUGCACGCCUUAUGACGUCUCUCUGUAUUUCCUUGGGGAAUAUCUACCGAAUAUUGGAAUGCAGGGAACACGGUAGAACAUGUGAAUGUGGCGAGUCAUGAAACUGACGGAUCUAUUUUCUUUUUAAUUCCUAUGAUCUAUACCUAGGUAUUUCUGGUCUUUAUUUCUUCAUCAUUAUUUCAUUUUAAUUUGCCACUGACUGUGACGACCCCCCCUGCUUUUGCUCUUCUCUUCAUGCUGACCGGGUGGUUCUUCGGUUAGAACUUCUCGAUCGGUAGCUGUCAUGUCAUGGAUUAUACUAUUAUUCUUGGAUAGAUAGAUAGCUGCAUGCUCCCACUAGCCAGCCAUUAAGGAUCCAAUUGCAUCACCCAUUUUCUCCCUAACUAAGAUUGCAUGAUCAUCGCGCGUCAUUGAUUAUUCUGGUCGGUUUAACGGAUGGAUCCAGGCUGAUCCGACUUUUUCUUUGAGGGCUCAAAAGCGACGGCUCGCCCCCUCCCCAUCACUUGCAUAUUAUUUAAUUAUUGACUUCCUUGAAACGGAUAUAAAAGACCAACGGGCUGUUUGACAGUGGCAAUCAAUCGUACGAUGGGUUACCUAGGUUAGGUAGGGAUCCGAAUGCCCAACGGCCAUUGGUAAGCAGGAGUACUUAACCUGGGUUACUACCAAGGUAGAGGCGGUUAUUGCCUUGUUUUGGGCACGCAUGGAGACAUGCGAAGUAGGAGUCUAGACCAGGAACUAGAAAUAUGUUCGUUUUAUUUGACAUGUCACGGGGUACUUCACAGUGCACAUAAAGUGCAUAGUACAUACACAUAGAUCCUG